ACAUCCCUCAUUUGGCUCCCUCCGGGUGAUAUAUUUUCAAAUCUCUGGUCAUUAAUACUAAAGAAAAAGAAUAUCUGUCAGCCGUUUGUUGUAAACCCUCGACAAACCCAAGGCAAUGGAAUAAAAGACGAAGAAUAUGGAUAGCUUUGCAUGGCUUGGUGCCUUAACUUUGCUAUUCGGGCUCCAGAUUUGGCUUACGAAAGCCCAAGACUUAGAUCUUCUAGACAACAAAGGCAGAAUCGAUGGCAGCACAUUCAUCGUGGGAUUCCUCACACAAUUCUCGAGAAAAUCUUCCUCAAGCAUAGACAGUGUUCGUCUCUACAUCACAGCAGACCGUUAUGCACAGUCAUUUAUCCAGAUACCAGCGAUAAAUAGCAACAAAAUCGUGACCUUACGUCCGGGGGGGACAAUGGCAGUCGAUUUACCYGGGACAGUGCGCAUGAGCCGUAUAACCGGUACUGAACGCAAAGGUAUUAGAAUAUGGACCAAUUCUUCUGUUUCAGUGUAUGGGAUGAAUUUUAUAGACCAAUCGAGUGAUGGAUUCCUAGCAUUACCUUUAGGCCUGCUGGGUAACAGCUACAUGGUCGUUACGUAUACACCCAUAAUGCAUGCCGUUGUCAUGGUGAUUGCCGCCUUAGGUGGAACGGAAGUGACGUUUAAGCUCAAGUUGUCUGCAGCCGGAAGCGUAACAGUGGAAAACAAGCAGUACAGAAAUGGAGACUCGUUUAAAGUUAUGCUCGAUAAACAUGACUCGUUUCAGCUUCUUGCGGACAGUGCCGCUGGGUCGUUGACUGGUACAAAGAUAACUUCCACCAAAGCAGUGGCCGUGUACUCUGGUAACGACUGCGCGAACGUCCCCGAAUCUCACGGCGGUUGUGACCACCUCGUAGAACAAAUCCCUCCCUUAUCGACGUGGGGGAGAGAGUUCCUCGUAAAAUCUACACCUCAGAGGAAUGCAGGGGACAUUUUUGUCAUCCUAGCGUCCGAGGAUCAAACUCAAAUACAAAUAUACAACGUGAAUGGCAGCACGCUUGUCAAAACAAUCAGUGCUGGCGAAACCUACGACUUUGACGCCGCAUUCAAUAGUAGUAGUCACGUGAUCACGACGUCAAAGCCGUGCCUGGUCGUACAGUAUGGUAAAGGACAUACAGUUGACGAUUCAAAUUUCGCGCCUUUUAUGAGUAUCAUCCCUUCAACGAAUCAGUUCUCGAAUGAUUAUACUCUUGUAGUGCCGGAAGUCCAGUCUAGAUCAUUUAAAUCGUUCGCUAAUAUUUUCGUGAAAAAUGGAGAAACGCAAGAUAUCGAAGUGAAAACGACAAACUCAAAAGACCAAAUAGUUUGGAAGAAGAUUGCUUCGUCGGAUYACUCGACUGCAACAGUGAGUCUAACGAGAGGCCAGUACCGUUUUUAUCACAGAUCGCCUCUAAGAACAUUUUCCAUGAUUUUUUAUGGUCACGRAGAUUACGAAGCUUUCGGGUAUCCCGCGGGAUUCCGUGUAUAUCGACCCCCGACACACUGUAAAACUGCAGUCACCAUUCCCGCGGAUAAUAUAGAUAAUGAUUGCGAUGGUAAUGUUGAUGAGGAGUUGUUAAAUGGUAAAGAUGAUGACGGUGAUGGAAGAAUUGAUGAGGAUUUGGCUACUCUUAUCCCUGAGAUGGAAGCACCUUUCAUGUUCAACGAAACGGACUGUAGUUCCCCUGAGGGUUUUUUUCUGCCGUCAAGCCCGGUACCCGACUACCGGGCAAAGGGAAUGUGCGCUGUUAGAGGAAGCUUAAACAUCGUAUACACCGAUAAAACUUCAAAUAUCCGAGGUUGUUGGGAGACGAAAACUCGCGAAUGGUCCUUCACUGAUGGAUGCCAGAAUAAGAUCAAACUUAAUCAAGUUAUCAACGUUUUUAAACCAAACCAAAUAAGACUCUCUUUUCCUUCCGAUAAGAUUUUCAACUGUUCGUCUCUGCCCAAAGAUAAUCGUUAUGGGGUUCCUGUGGUGACGUCUGACUGCACGGGGAAUGUUACAAUGACGUACAAAGAUAGUAACUGGGGCGUCAUCCGGGACUGUGGAUACCUGAAGCCAGUGAAGGUCACAAGGACGUGGACAGUAACAAAUGUCUGUGGGAUCAAGACUUCAGCGACACAAAUACUGUCUUUCAUCAACAACGUCAUCAAGCCCCGUAUUGUAGACAUCAAAUCAACAGUGUCUGCGGGCACGGACCAUAACAUAACAUUAACCUGUAAAACCCAAGGCGAUCCUCAACCAAUCAACACAUGGGUCUUACCUAACGGUGAGUACGUCAACAAGUCACAAACCAUUGAAGAUAUCGAGGUCCUAGCAGACGACUUAUCUCAGAUAAAAAGAAUCAAGGCUGUUCAGGAUGAUGGCUCGUUGAUAAUAACCGACGCCCGGGUGAGAGACUCUGGUUUUUACAGAUGCAUAAGCAAGAAUAUUGGAGGGGUUGCGUCUGGGGAAGUGAACGUCACAAUUCAUGACGAUCUCGUUGAUGUCGACGCCAGUAUCACAAUAAAGGACUUAUUGUUUGAUGAAGCUCUAAACGACAAAGACUCCUUACUGUACCGUACGAUGGAACAACACAUGAAGACAAAUCUGACUAAAGUGUUUGAAAACAUGACAGGAUUCCAGGAAGUUCAGAUUCACGGAUUUCGGAAUGGUAGUGUAAAAGUAUUAUUCAGAGUCGUGGUCAAGAAGAAAAACAAAGACGAGAAAACGUCACUUGUCGUACGUAAAGUUGGUCAGAGGCUCAUAACAAAAGUGAAGACAGGACAGCUAGGGAAUUAUAAGAUCGAACCAACUGCUGAACUAAGAGAAAAGCCACCUCCACCACAGGAACUCCAAGCCAGUGAUAUCAAGCACGGCUCAGUACAUCUAGACUGGGACCCUCCCGAGCUUCACCAUAUGUUUGCCGUGUCGAGCUACUUGAUUCAAUACAAGAAAUUUGGCGACAAAAGAAACUGGAUGUCAUAUGCUACUGUCCAUGGACAAGAUCACAGACUCGACGGGCUGGACUCCGGAACAAGUUAUUUGAUAAGAAUGAAGUCUAAGAAUAAAUAUGGACACAGUGCACCAAGUGAGGGCGUUGAAGUAACAACACUCAACGGUCUUACAAGUGCCGAGCUAGCCCUUAUCAUAGUAGUGCCAAUACUUGUUUUGGUUAUCAUCGCAGUCAUUGUGCUGAUCGCCUGGAGAAAGAGACGUAAAAGCAUGGGAUUCCUUCGCGCUAACCUUGAGGACGACGAAGGUGUUGUGCGGUAUUCUCGUCCGACUGAGAAGAUUGUCAUCGAUGGUACUUUCACGUGGAGGGAAAUCCAGAGAGGUCGUCUCGAGUUUGGUCGAGUGUUGGGGGAAGGGGAGUUUGGGAUGGUAUUAGAGGCCAACCUAACAGAAGAUGAUGGUAGCAAAAAACGAUGUGCGGUGAAAAAAUUGAAAAGGUUGGCGAGCAAUAGCGACAUGAAGGACCUCCUAAAUGAGUUGGAAAUAAUGAUUCAAGUGGGAGAACACAAGAAUAUCGUGAAUCUGAUUGGUGCUUGUGCGACAGGAGAUGGUCCCUUACUGGUCGUGGUAGAGUUCGCUUCCAACGGAAGUCUUCUUCGCUACUUACAGAAGCAAAGUAGUAGAUCUUACGGAGACAUGGCGGAAUAUGUCGUCCAUAUACCCCCCGCAGAGAGGCUAAAAAUAGCCUGUGACAUCGCUAACGGUAUGGCUCAUUUGGCUAGAAGACGGUGUAUUCACAGGGAUCUCGCAGCUCGUAACGUACUGCUCGAUGAAAACUGGACGGCCAAGGUCUCUGAUUUUGGUUUGUCACGUGACGUCUAUAGCAGUGCCGUGUAUGAGAAGACUACAGGGGGUAAACUUCCAGCCAAGUGGAUGGCCAUUGAAGCUCUCGAAGCAGGACUAAACACCACUCAGAGUGAUGUAUGGUCAUUUGGUGUGGUUCUUUGGGAAAUAGAAACUGGAGCUUGCAUUCCAUAUCCAGCGUUCUCGGUCAUGGAGAUGUUGAGCGCUUUAAAACAAGGAUACAGACUCGAAAAACCGGAGGCUUGUUCAAUUGAACUGUAUAACAUUAUGUUAAGAUGCUGGGAAGCCAAUCCCGCCCUACGGCCUUCAUUCGAUGAUCUGUAUAUUGAGCUGCACUGUCUAAAGGGUUUUGUACCUAAUUCCAGCUCAAGUUAUUAYGAACACAUGGAAGGAGGAGUGGCGAUUGGAGAAACGGAUGCCUGAUCAAGUAUUCCUCGAAAUAAUUUAGAGUGAAAAUCUUUGACUCUGGUGACAAUUACUUGGGGCGAAAAGCCGUCAAAACAAUGAAACCAGAAUACCGAAAAAAGUUGAUUUUACGAAUAACAAAAUGAACGCGGAGAAACUGGGAACUAGGAUGAACAUUUUUAUUUCAGUCUUCUCCUACMCAACACAGAACCUGAAAAUAUAAAUUUAAAAAGAGAGAGAGAGAUUUUUUCCUGUAAGUAGGCCAAAAUAGAAAUUUUUUUGCAAUAAAUAAUGGGGCCAUCUGGGGAGAUUUAAGGUGUCUAGCCGCUAUAUAGUUGUGGCUUUGCAAACUGGUAGUUGUGGCUUGUGCGGGCUGAAAAUAAGGCCAUGUACUAAUGCCAAACUUUUKUUGACAACCGCUGUGUUUGUCUUCUUUUGACGUGGCAAAUUCAUGAAUAUUUAAGCCCGAAGAACGACGAAUGUGAUUUGGAGAUUAUUAAGAGUAMUGUUUGGAUUUCUUGAUUUUUGAUAUUCGUUUAGACGCAAGAAAAUAACAGUGAAUGAUAACAGAGUCCAAAUUAGCCAUUUCGAGGUUUAAUAAAAGACUGAGUGGAGUACGGUUGAAUUUGCAUUGUAUUUUGGGACUGUUAUGGGGAAGAAUCAACCCCAUUUUGGAAACAUGACUCCUAAACAGUCCCAAAAUUUACUGCAAUGUCAUCUCGUAGUUUUAAUUUUUACGCAAAUUUGAUAAAAACACUAAAAUUUGAGUGUGUAUUGAAAUUGCUUUACAAACGUACUUCACGUACGGAAUUUGUGUAGAGAUUAAGAAAACUAGCAUCUCUUUGCAUACCAAAACGCUCUUGAAUUCCAGUCAAAUGUGCAGGUGCAAACAUUUCUUUCACAUGAUCGACUACCAUCAYUCUCUCCAAUCUCGUACCCAUUGCUCUUUUUACUGCGCAUGCUCGGAGAACAAGAUUGUGACAUCUCAUAAUUUUAGAUAAUAUUAWUUUGUAUCAAUAAUGUUAAGCGGUAUUUACUUCGGAAUCGAAUUAAAUGAGUAAUAAAAA